AUGAAGAAUGGAGCAUGGAACAAGAAGGGCAGCAAAGAGAAAUCGGCAGCAACGGCGGCAAACGAGAAUAAGAAGGGAAAAGAGGACUCAUCAGAUGAUGGUUUCUCCUUCUUAUCCUUGGAGAAGGAGACGGCGCUUGCUGGUCGUGUGUUGGCUGACCCCAAUCAGCUCAUUCUAGACUCUGGGGCAACCUGUGGAAUGGUACCUCGGCGCGACCUCUUCACCACCUAUCACUCCCUCCCACCUAACUCUAGAAAUGUGAUUGUGGGGAGCGGAGAUACGCUGCAAGCAAUCGGCAUCGGCACCAUCACCGUCAUGGGGAAGGAGGGGGAGGUGCUGAAUGUGAAGGGUGUGCUUCAUGUUCCUGAUUUGGCAGCCAACCUUCUCUCAUGCUCUCAACUUGCGAGGCAAGAAUACAUAUGCACCUUCACCAUGGAAGGUGGCACGGUUCGCAAGGGUGGAGCUGUGGUGAUGGAGGCCAAAUUAGAGAAGGGCCUAUACCUUGUUCCAGUUUGUGUGCCUCAGGUGGAGAGGGCACAUGGAGUUGAAGCCGAGGAAGCCGCUUGUAGCAGCUGUUGGAGGGACGUGGAGCAGGUGACGGCAGAUUUGCUGCACCUACGCAUGGGGCAUGCAGGAAGGCAACAACUUGUGGAGUGUGUGAAGAAGGGGGAGCUGAAGGGUGUGGAGAUCAAGGAGGGUGGUGGGCAGCCAAGCAAGUGCCCUGAUUGCACGACCGGGAAGCUGCCAAGGACCUCUUUCCCUACCUCCACCACUCGAGCCUCCGCACCUCUUGAGUUGGUGCACACGGAUGUGUGUGGCCCCAUGCAAACACCGGAUAGGGAGAAGGGCAGCAAAUACUUCAUCAUCUUCUUGGAUGACUUCAGCCGCCUAAGCUGGGUUACCUUGGUGAAAACCAAGGAUGAGGUGGCCAAGGUCUUCAAACGUUGGAUACGCUAUGCGGAGAGGGAAGCCGGGGCGAAGGUGAAGAUACUAAGGUCUGAUCGGGGUGGGGAGUACAUGGGGAAGGAUCUGGAGUCUUUCCUUGAAGACAAGGGCAUCACCCACCAGCUUUCAGUUGCCUACACGCCGCAGCAAAAUGGGGCAGCGGAGCGGCUUAACCGGACGCUCAUUGACCUUGCCCGAGCCAUGCUUGCUCAUGCGCAGCUGGACCAUACUUGGUGGGGGGCAGCAGUGCAAUAUGCCAACUGGGUUAAGAACAGAAUGGGCAGCAAGGGGCUAGGGGGCAAGAGCCCUUACUUCAUGUGGACCAGGAAGGUGCCUAGUGUGUCCAUGGCACGAGUGUGGGGGUGCAUGGCGCAGUACAAAGUGCCCGACCAGCAACGGAGGAAACUGGAUCCUAAGGCACAAUGGGGCAUUUUUCUUGGGGUGUCGGAGAGAAGCAAAGCUUGGAUGUUGCGGAGUGUGGCGGAUCAGCGGGUGGUGGAAAGCAGGGAUGUGGUUUUCCACGAGGGGCUGAGCUAUAAGGGGUGGAAGGAGCAUGGUGCUAGUACAGUUGGGAGCUCCCUUCAGGAUCCCUACACCUCUUCCAUCUUUGAGGGGGCAUGGGAGGACCCUGGAGAGGAGGUAGAGGAGCAGCAAGAGGAACAAAAGGCAGCUGCACCUCACCAUGAGGAGUCACCAACUGCUAGUGCAUGA